CAGCGGGUGCCCUGGCUGAGGCGGCUGGCCGUCGCGCCCCGGCGCCGUCAUGAGCCACGUGAUUGUGACGUCGCGCACGCUGCUGUGGACCCUGCUGACGGUGGCCACGGCGCUGUCCAUGCUGGCGGCCGUCAUCACGCCCGCCUGGCUGGUGGGGGCCCCCAAGAGGCCGCUCAUCAGGGGCCGCCUCACGGGGGCCACCAUGCGCCCGCCCCAGCUCUACAAGCCCUCCAUCGGUCUGUACAACCGGUGUGUGAAGCUCCACCAGAUCGACGAGCUUUUCACGGACAACUGCGCGCCGUUCGUGAGCUCGCUGUCUAUGCCGUCGGAUGAGUUCCCGAGUCCCUGGAAGGCGGGGCUGGCCUUCUUCGCCGGAGGGCUGGCCCUGAUGGCGGCCACCGUGCUGUCCUCCGUGCUCGGCUGCUGUGUGCGAAGUGUCCUCAAGAAAAGCAUAUUUACGGUCUCCGGCACCGUGCAAGCUAUCGCAGGGCUCAUGUUCCUCCUGGGCCUGCUGCUGUACCCAGCUGGCUGGGGCAGCCGUCGGGUUCACACUGUCUGCGGACCCCAUUCGGAGCCCUUCAUGCUGGGAGGCUGCUCCCUAGGCUGGGCUUUCUAUCUGGCUGUGGGGUCCACCGUGGUCACGUUCGUCUGCUCUGUGCUCUCCGUCCAAGCCGAGGUCUCUACCUCCAGUGACAAAGUGCAAGACGAGAUCCUCGAAGGAAAGAACAUCAUCUGCCUGCUCUAGUGUGUGUGACAAGAGCCACUAGCGUUCCUACAUGCUGAUUCCAAAGUUGGGCUAUGGGACCUCUCAGUGCAACAAUGAUCUGAUCAUAGACAUUACUACUAUUUCUGCGUUGUCUUCGAUGCUAGUUUGCCAAGAAAACGAUUUGGAACUUCAUUUUUUAAAAUCAAAACUUUCGAAGUAAUAUACUUGACUCAAUGUACAGCUAGAUCUGUAAAAAGGUAGACGUGACAGCCACGUGUGGGGUGCCACUGUUUGCUUCUUCUUGUUAGAUACUUAACCAUUUGAAUUGGAGUAAUUUACCAGUCUCUCUUUCCUGGCUGCAACUGUACAUUCAAAUGUAACGGGGGAUAGUGCCAACAGUAUACUCUGUCUCACUAGAUGUGUGCAGUGCUGCAGAAGCCACGGGCAGGAGAGGGGAAAGCCACUUUUGUAUGAAUUUUGGGUUACAGACUUAAUUCCCAUGAGGGAGAAAAGCGACAUGGGAGUACACAAGAGAGGGCCCAGGUAAGAGGGGAGUUCCUCUUUCAUCUCUAACUGCUAACGUCAUUUUUUCACCCAUGUACUUUUGGUAACACUGCACGCGACUUGUGAGAUAAAGCAGUUUUGUGGCACUGGUGCCAGUUUGUAGUAUUGACAAGUGAAAUGUGGCUUGGUAUUCGGACAGGUUUGAAACGAACCUAAAGACAUGUGUAUAUGUCAUUUAUCAUCUCCAACUGGUACCAUAGUUUCAGGUGAAUGGCAAAUAUCAUGUCUGAAUUGUUCACGAGUGUGCAUUUUUCAGUGUUCACAUAUAUUUUCCCUUCAAACGAAAUACCUACCGAGGCUAGAAUAGGCGGUGCCUCUUCUUACCUUCAUGGCACCAAGAGACAGAAUUUUGGAGUGAAAGACCAGCCCUGCAAGAAGAAUGACAAAGAUUGCUGAAGAAUGUUCACAUUUAUCGGUCAACCUAUACAUAAAGUGCAAUGAGGACUAUCCUUGCUGUACAUUAAAAUGUGCCUUGUUCCUAUGUAGCUUUCAUUUCAUUGAGAAAACAGAGAGUGUUAUGACACUUAUCAAUUUAGAAGAUACCAUACUCUUGAUGAGUGCCGGGGCACCAAAAGUGUUCAGGAGAUGGGGGGGGGGUGGGGGACGGACGGACGAGACAGGGAGGGGAUUUCUUUCCCCUCCCCCACAUUGUUUAAUAUAAAAAUCUGAAAUGUGGGGUUAGGGCGACUGCCUCCCUGUUUCGAUGCCACUGCAUACCUGUCACAGCUACACGAACAAAGCAACAUUAUUUUCUUGCUUCGUCGAUUGUCCUUGCUUACGAUGUGUCUCGAUGAAAGACAUAAUAUUUUACCAUUUCUAGCUCUUGCUGCAAUGAAUGGAAGGCUUUUAUGGGCAUAUGAAGCUAGUGCCAGUGCAGCUAGAAAGUAAUUACUUUUUUAAUCGGAUGUCAAGGCAAAAAUACCAGUCAUUGUUUAGAUCUGUUACCUGUGUUUUAGGGAAUCGUUUGGUUUCAUUCACUUUUGUGUGCCUUUUGGCUCAGUCAUUUGUCUCAUGAUUAGUCAUGUCCUUGAAAGUGUUGGCAUGGUUUGCAGGGCGAACCGUUGGCCAUUUAAUCUAUCUUCGCACAAGAGAUUGCGUGAUGUGUGCAGAUAUUUUUUGUAUUGUGUAGCUUGUUGAUAUGUACCGUUGACUGAAAGCUAUUCAUCAGUUUAUAUGGGAAAUGUUAAAUGCCUUGACAUUUGGUCCUGUUGCUAGUACAAUACAGUGUGCGUGGUAUUCAUGACUAUCCAGCUUUCAGUGCUUUUAAUCUUUAGAGAGUCUAAACUGUCACUAGUUUAACCACACACUGAUGAACCUUUGUGGUUGUUUAUCUUUUAGCAAUCGUCUUCCAUACAUACACACUUUCUUUGAUCAUGUAUAUCUUUGACCUUUGUGUGAAAUGUCUUCAUUAUACUCAUUGAACGUAUAAAACUGUUUGAAACUGGU